GAAAUGAAUUGUAUACAUGGGAAAAGAGAAUGUAAUUCAAAAAUAAUUGAUAUUAUAUCUGUAAUGAACCGAAGAAAAGAAUCAAAUAAAUUUUUAAUAGAAAACGAUGAAGAAAACUUGAUAUCUUUAAAAAAUAUAUACCUAUACGACAUAAUUGAAAACAAAGAACUAUUAAAAACUAUUAUAAUGGUUUUUGGCGAACAAAGCGAAGAAAAUUUCAAUGUAAUCUACAAAGACAUUCAUCGAGAAUACCUAGAUGCAAAAAACUAUUAUUGGUAUGAUCUGUGGUUAUCUCAAAUUGGUAAAUAUCAAAAUAAAUUAUUGAAUAUUUUUAAAAUUAUUUUACUUCACCUGAUGACAAAAUAUCUAAUUUACUUUGAUAAAUUACGUAAGAAAGCUCAUUACUUUAAAGUCCAAUACAUUAGCAAAGUAUUCAAAAACUUUUUUUAUAAGAAAAUUCACUUAUUUGAUAUUGGAGAACAAGAUGGGAGAGAUUAUCAGAAUAUUAUAAAUUCGUUUUUAUGUGUACCACUUUCUAAAAGUUUGUUAAAAGCUUCUAUUUCUGUGCAAAUGUGGAAUAUUGAAAUUAUGACGAAUAACAUUAAACCAAAUUCUUUCAAAUUUGUAUAUGAUAAUAUAUUUGACUUGGAGUAUUUAUCGAGAUUAAAAUCCCAAAAUGAUGAACUCUUCUUAAAAUGUGGAAUGAAAAAGAAAAAUUUUAUCAAUAAAUUGUUCUAUAAGAUUGAUAACCUUAAUUUAACAGAAUGGAAUAAUAAUUUUACAAGAAUGGUUUUGUACUUACACCAUUUAAAAUAUAUAUUCAAUGAAACAAGCCUAAAAAUAAUCCAUUCAUUCAUAAAAUAUUCAAAGGAGUUUGGAGAAUUUUAUGUUACUCGUACGGAUGAGGAAAUGAGCACUGUAAGAUUACUAGAAUUGUAAUGUGAGUUUAAAAUUGUGUUAUUGUAAACUAUUGAUUAUUAAUCUAAUUUUAUAUAAUAAUAUACUCAUUUACAUCCUUGAAUAUAAAAUUGUGAUUAAAAAUAGUAGUUUUUCGUUGUACUUAUAAAUAAUUCUUACAUUUUUGCAGUUAUUUUAAUUUAACCUUAUUUUAGUUUACUUUUAAACUUCCUAUCAUACUUGCAAAAUAUGUGUAGUGUAUUUUAUUUACACGAUAUAAACAAAAAUUAUAAAGUAUAAUGCAAAUGAAA